AACGUACGCUCACUAUCGUACGUUUCCGAAGGGACACGGAGAAAAUGACUAGGUUGGUUAGGUUCUUCAGUAGGAAUUGCAGAGCUCUGCGAGACGGGGAGUUGCUUCGAGCUUUGCAGUCGGAACUCAAAUAUGAGGAAUCUUCGAAACCAUUCCAGGGGCAUCUAGCAGCUUCUUUGGGGGAUUUUGUUUUGGAUUGGGACAGCCCUCAAUCCAAAGAUGUGGUUUUGAGAAGAAGAUUUGAUUCUGGAGAAGAGAUCGCUAUUUCAGCUUUGCUGGGUCCUGAAGCAGAUGUAGGAGAGGGUUUGUUGCCCAUGCAAGUUUUGAUGAAGAUAUGCAUAAAAAAACCAGGCCUGAGCCCUACUUUGCAGUUUGAUUGUGGUAUUUCUAGUAGUGGUGAUAAUGAAUCUGAGUUUGCUGUUCAUAAUGCUUAUUAUCGGCAAUCAUUGAGUUGUUCAGGAGCUUCAGAAUAUAAAGGCUGCUCAUAUAGCUUGUUGGACCCUCAGUUACAGGAUGCUUUCAAGGAAUAUCUGAUAUCCAGGGGGAUUGGAAAAGAUUUGACAAACUUCCUCCUCUUACACAUGCAUAAGAAAGAGCAAGGUCAAUAUGUAAAUUGGUUGCAAAAACUGGAAGCCAUGGUGGCGAAAGAUGCAUGACUUCUUUCUACCACAAGUAGUACCCUAUUUUUCUGGGUUUGAUCAGGAGAAGUGCGCUUAGUUUCUAUUUCUCACAUGCAUCUCCAUUUUGCAGAUUAAAAAAAAAAGAUUGCAUGUGAAUUGGUUGUAAUUUGAAUUCAAUCUACUAUUAACAGUGAGAAUAUUGGUUCAAGGUUUGAUUAUUCCACAGGCACUAGAAGCUAGGACCAUUGAGAAAACCUUUUGGAGGAAAAACAACUCUUCUAGCAUAAUGGAGAGAUUACUUGUUUUGCC